GAGCAGUCCUCCAGCCUGUCUGUGCUAAGCAGAGGACAGCCACGAACCUUCCAGGCUUUAGCCUAGAACCACCCCCAGGGCCCGGAGGCACACUGGCACUAGAACUGAUUUUCCAGGCAAAAUGAACAUUCAGGAAUAUUUUGGAAGAAUAUCUUACAACAAGCCCCAUAAGGAUGCAGACUUGCAAACCCUGACAGCCAUCCUCCAGCACCACAUCCAGACCAUUCCUUUUGAGAACCUCAGCAUGCACUGCGGGGAGCCCAUCGAACUGGAUUUGCAGGCUACUUACAAUAAGAUUGUGAGAAAGAAACGUGGUGGGUGGUGCCUGGAAACCAACCACCUCCUCUUCUGGGCCAUGCAAGAGUUAGGGUAUGACGUCUGUAUUCUUGGUGCAAACAGCUAUGAACCAGCAGAGAACGGAUACACUGCUCAGCUAAACCAUGUCCUGCUGAAGGUGGUGAUCAAGGGACAGUCCUACAUAGUAGACGCUGGGUUUGCUGGAGCCUACCAGAUGUGGCAGCCGCUGAUGCUGAUUUCCGGGAAGGACCAGCCCCAGGCUCCUGGCAUUUUCCGCUUCACGGAAGACAACGGCACCUGGUACUUAGAGAAAGUGAAAAGGAAGCAUUAUAUUCCUGAGCACUGCAAGAAUCACUUCCCUCAUACUCCAGAACUGGGGAAUAUCCGAAAAAUACAUAAAUUUACUCUCGAGCCACGGCAUAUAGAUGACUUCCAGGAGCUAAAUGCAUACCUCCAAGUGUCUCCAGAUAACCUCCUUCGGAAGAAGUCAAUAUGCACUCUCCAAACCACCAAGGGGGUCCUUGCCUUAGUUGGAUGGACCCUCACUGACAUGAAGUACAACUACACGGAGAACAUGGAUCUGGUGAACAUCACAACCCUUACAGAUGAAGAGGUUGAGAAGACACUGAAAGAUAAAUUCAAUAUAGUACUGGAGAACAAACUUGUACCAGUAAAUGUUCGUGGUUUGCCACCUAAUUUAGUGGAUAAGAUCUAAGUGUAACACUGUGCUAGAUGGAUCUUUAAAUAGCCAAGAGGAAAAUUCUAAAAUUAA